CAAACCUGCAAGCGUCUCAGGGGAGAUGAAAAAGAAUAACCUCAAUCUACUUCACUCUCCCAGCAUAAAAAAAAAAACCUCUUUAAAAAUGACGUCUCCCACAGACGCAGACCAAACAAUGCAGCAGUCUCUGCAGCGAUUCCGUAACCGAAUGGCCGCGGCAAACCGGAAAUUCAUCCAGGAUCGCAUCGACGAGAUCGAAGCCCGGGGCCUGGCGACUGAACGGCAAAAAUGGAGAAAGAUGGUCGAGUACCGACAUUUUGACAUGCCAGAUGAGAAUGAGGAUCUCCCCAAACGAUUGGUAGAUCUUCCCACGGUAGUGGAUACAGACCCUUUUGCCAUGGACGGGGUCCAUCCUCCGAGACUGCGGACCGAAAAAGCACGAGAGAUUAUUCUGGAUACCCUCCAGCAAGUGUUCCAGCGACAGGCUGAGAAGUGGGCAGCUGAGCAGGGCAAGGACACCCCCGGGCUCAUUCCCCGGUGCGACGAGCUAGGCAUGUUCCUCAAGUACGCCCAUGCGGUGGAGGAUCCGGACUUCCGCCUCUCCAGUAUCCCCCCCUUUGAAGCUGGGCUGUGGGUUAUGGGAGCGGAUGAGGCGGAGCUGGUCGAGACGCAGCCCGAGCGAUACUAUGAGCGCGUCCGGGCGGAGUGCGAACGCGUGCGGGAGAAUCUAGAGGAUGAUGACGGGAUUGGGGAUCUGAUCAACAAAUCUAUGGUGGCUCCGCGUAUCGAGGGCAGCGAUUUGGAGGUCAAGGCCGGCGUCAUCACUGGGACUGGCUAUAUCGAUGAAUAUCCUCACUGGUUUAGUGCCUAUCUCUAUUGCCGUCAGCGGGUGGAUGCAGAUGAGGGUAAUGAUACUAUCUCCGACGCCCCCAAUAUCCAGGACUGGGCGUGGCGGGUGGUUGUUGUCGACUCUGAGCCGGACAUCCUGAAUCCCACUGUGAUGUAUGGGCGCAGGCCUCAGUUUGACUCCAUUCCCGAGUUUCUGGAUUGGUACUGUAGCUGGCCUGAUCAUUUGGAUACCCGGGGCAUACUGAGUCUGAGGCGUCAUGCGAUUCAGUGUGAGACUGAUUGCGAGUCGGAUUGCGAGUAUCAUCACCACUGAGUGGCCAUUUCAAUUCCUGGUGCUAGAGAGAAGGAAUGUAUCGGUGCGAUGGAGAUCUAGUCACGCUCAAUGGAGUCAAUAUACGCCUGGCUUUAUGCAUCACCAACAAGCUAAACUGGCACGAGUACAUUGAGUGGUGACAAGCAUGAUUCUAUGCAAGAAUUCCUGAUGACUCCAGUAAUGAAAUAAUCACCUUUCACGUAUUACAA